AUGACAGCCCGAGAUGGUUGCGAUAACUAUGAAAAGCUCCAAGCCCCAGUGUCAAAAGGAAAAGCUGCCAGCGGAGGGAAGGGGAAAGGAAAGGCGAACGCCCCUGCUGCCUCGGCCAGGCGAAGAAAGAAAAUCGAUGAUGAAGAGUUUGAGGAGGAGCAAGUUCUUUUGAAAAGAGAACAGGACACAAUGAGGAGAAUAAACGGCGCUGAUGGACCAGAUUUCUCUGAAGGCCACAACGACGAUGAUGGACCAGGUUUCUCUGAAGGCUACAGCGGCGAUGAUGGACCAGGUUUCUCUGAAGGCCGCAACGGCGAUGAUGGACCAGGUUUCUCUGAAGGCCACAACGCCGAUGAUGGACCAGGUUUCUCUGAAGGCCACAACGGCGAUGAUGGACCAGGUUUCUCUGAAGGCCACAACGGCGAUGAUGGACCAGGGUUCUCUGAAGGCCACAACGACGAUGAUGGACCAGGUUUCUCUGAAGGCCACAACGGCGAUGAUGGACCAGAUUUCUCUGAAGGCCACAACGGCGAUGAUGGACCAGGUUUCUCUGAAGGCCACAACGGCGGUGAUAGACCAGGUUUCUCUGAAGGCCACAACGACGAUAAUGGACCAGGUUUCUCUGAAGGCCAUAACGGCGAGGAUGGACCAGAAUUGCUGAAUGUCGAUGACUAA